GUGGCGCUCAAGGACCCGGAGGUGUGCGCCUUUAUGGUGGAGCCCAUCCAGGGCGAGGCCGGCGUCGUCGUACCCGAGGACGGCUACCUGCGCGGCGUGCGCGCCCUGUGCACCAAGUACAACGUGCUCUGGAUCGCCGACGAGGUGCAGACGGGGCUCGGGCGCACGGGGAAGCUCCUCGCCGUCCACCACGAGGAGGGCGCCCGGCCCGACAUCGUCAUCCUGGGCAAGGCGCUGUCCGGCGGCGUGUACCCGGUGUCCGCGGUGCUCGCCGACGACGACGUCAUGCUGUGCGUCAAGCCCGGCCAGCACGGCUCCACGUACGGCGGCAACCCCCUGGCGUGCCGCGUCGCCACCGCCGCCCUGCGCGUCCUCAUCGACGAGAAGCUGACCCAGAACGCGGAGCAGAUGGGCAAGCUGCUGCGUAGCGAGCUCAACACCCUGCCCAAGGACGUCGUGACCCUCGUGCGGGGCAAAGGCCUUCUGAACGCCAUCGUGAUCGGCAAGGGUAUCGAUGCGUGGGACGUAUGCCUGCGACUGCGGGACAACGGCCUGCUGGCCAAGCCCACCCACGGCGACAUCAUCAGGCUGGCCCCACCGCUGGUCAUCACCGAGCAGCAGGUCCGGGAGGCCGUCAACAUCAUCAAGACCACCAUCAUGUCCUUCGUCCAGGGCCACUGAUGCGGGCGAGAAGCGGGGAGCUUGUCAGUAUUAUGAUGGGACUGUAAUUAUUGUAACUCUUCGGUGUACCUAUAUACUAAGUAGCCAUAAGUGAGCGCAUUUUUUUGUGUAAUGUGGGAGGAGUAUAUACCCUGACUCUCCGACAACGUAAUCUAAUAAAUCGAAUAAGAGAGAUAACGUAAA